GGGGAGAUCGGUUUUGGCGCUAAAUACUUCGACUUCCCGCGCUUUCUCGGCCACGUGAACUGUUAAACUAACUAACUUUAUAAUGAUUCACUGUUAUAGAAGACUUUGAAAAUUAUAUCCGAAUACAGUGCCGCCGAAAUGAACUCGUGUAGUAUUAUAAAAAAAGUUAUUUUGAACUCAUGAUUGUGUCGUGCCAUAUUGGUAGUUGUCUUCGAUCGAGUGAAAAAAAUAAUCAUCGGCAGACACAUGUUUUCACCGUCGUCGACGAAAGCGGCCUGGUGGCUGGCCACGUUUUUUAGUGUAUUUGUAACAGGGGAAAUGCCGAUUCAAGCGGAACUGGAACCUGAAUUUCUCCAGGCUCUGGAGAACCACACAGUCACACAAGGAAGGGACGUACACUUCACGUGUGUCGUCAACCAUCUGUCUAAUUAUAGGGUGGCGUGGAUUAAGUCAGACUCGAAGGCGAUUCUGGCUAUACACACGAAUAUGGUGGCGCUGAAUCCUCGGUUGAGCGUCACUUACAACAACCACAAUACGUGGAAGUUGCACGUAAGCAACGUGCAGGCCAACGACUCUGGCACCUACAUGUGCCAAGUUAACACAGACCCUAUGAAGAGUCAGAUGGGUCAUUUAUCCGUGGUGAUCCCGCCGGACAUAGUGGACAGUGUGACAGAGGGUAGCUCGGCACAAGAGGGCGGGAGUAUAAGAUUGACGUGCACCGCAACAGGGGUGCCGCCGCCGACCGUGUUGUGGCGACGGGAGCACAACCGACCCAUAGUGUUUAGACACGAUGGUGGCAGGGAGCGAAAAGUGGUGGACAGUCACAGAGGUGAGACCCUGGAGUUGGCUCACGUGCAGAGGACUGACAUGGGUGCCUACUACUGCAUCGCCAGCAAUGGGAUACCGCCCACAGUCAGCCGACGGUACCACGUGGAAGUGCAUUUCAUACCGCAAGUCAAAGUCACCAAUCAACUAGUAGGAGCUCCACUCGGCAGCGACGUAGAACUCCAGUGCUUCAUCGAAGCCUCUCCUAAAGCUAUGAACUCCUGGUACCGAGAAGACGGUAACUCACUAUUAAGCGACAAAUUGACCGAGAACCCGAAACUUCGUGUAUCAGAAACUAUAAUGAACGAGUACUCACUUUGGAUAAACUUGACUAUAAAGUCCUUGGCUCUCGCAGACUACGGAACUUAUGUGUGCGCCUCUGUCAAUGCACUGGGAAAGAUGGAGAGCCAAGUCAGUUUGCAUAGACUAGAACUAAGCAUGAACGGCUUUGGUGCCGAGGAGCCGAUGGUCUCGGGCGCAGCGUGGCAGCGCGCACGCAACUCUCCGUCCCACCGCGCGCAGCCGGCCGCGUCGCAUGCGCAUCAAUAUUUCCUCGCGCAACACCUACCCCCGCAGUUAUACGCUUUACUACUAACUGUGCUGCGAUAUAUACAUACUUUCUAAACGUUUGUAAAAUGUUCUAUGACUUAAGUUUAUGUUGAAUAGAUGUUGAUUAAAAAACCUCUUUCAAAUUUUUUAUCUUUUAUAAUCCCAAAACACUGUACUUGAAACUUUUUGUUCAAUUACCAUCUAACAGAAAUAUUAUAUUAUCAUAUUUAUCAACACUUACUUGGGUAGAUGGCUUACUUUCAAAUCCGAUAUAAAUAAAUAAAAUAAAAAAAAAAGAUAUAAUUUCGACGGCAAACCUUCCUAGAAGGUCGAUAAUUUGUUGAACAACAAUUCUGAAUUUGAAAGUUACAUCUAUCUAUACUUAUAAUAAAUCUGUAGAGAGGUCAAUUCUGUACAU